CACAUGCAAAAUCUGGAGCAGAUUCAAUCUUGCUUUCGUGAGAUAUCGCGAGCAUCUAACAGACAAACAGACAGACAAAUACCCAUCAACAUACGUACCGAUUAAAAUCGAUCAGUAAUAACCCAACAUGAUGCACCCUAACCUGGUACACAUACUGUGUUCAGGUUUUGCGCCAUCUUGGUGCUCAUAGUCUACUUCUGGAGCACCAAAAUUACUUUGGUUUUGCUUAUUGCAGUAUUGGUGGGCUCAUAUUGCGUCAUGUUAGGUUAUUUAAAGAUGUUGAAAAUUACUGAUAUAAACUCGUAAUCAUUAUCUACUACUGUAUACUGUUUUCCAUCAAAUUGUUUGAAAUUUCGUGGACGCAGAUAAAUAAUGAAAAAAAUAUGUUUCCCUCUCUUCUGCGCUGUUUCGUGCUCUUCGCGCUCUAUUCAGUGAGUGUUAAGACCGGAUUUGGUUGUAAUGUGAUGCAGUUAUUUUUAUAAAUGCUUAUCAAAUUGUUAAUAAUGUUAUAACAAGAAUUAGAAAAGCUCUUUUAGCAAGGAGAAAUAUAGAAAAAUUGAGACAACAACCCACUUGUAUAAACUUUUGUUUUCUGCUAUCGAAAAUUCAAAAAACAUAUAAGAUGAUUUGUAUUCACUGAUAACUAUGGCAGUACGGCACACUAUCUGACUAUCCAAAUUCCAAGAAUGUCCCGUCAUUUGGUUCAAUAAAACAAACAUGUGUCUAUGUGUCUCACAAACGAGGGUCAUCUGGCACAAAGGCAGAUGCGUCAUAUCGCGCCAUGCUUGUCUCGAUAAUAAUCUAAAUUAAUCGCAGCCGUCACCUGACCAAACUUGUUGUUUUUUGUUCUCGAAUGCCACGGUAGAAAAUUUUUCCCUUUGGUAAAUCGAAUUAUUUUUUCCCGAGGAAUUCAAUGAUGACGUUUUUAGAUUGUGCUUGUUUGUACUUUUUUGCGCAACUUCAAUUUACUGUAGUUUUACCGAUAUUGAUGGACAACCAUGUCCAGAUGUUCCCCAAAGGAGGGGGCGUCUAAUCAUCUGUAAAAUGGGUUUCUCUGAAACAAGACAAUGUUGCCAGAUCUGCAUGGUGGACUGUAUGGUGAAAAAUACAUCUGUAAUCAACAAUAGAACACUAUGGAUUACUUGAAAAUACUGGAUAUACAUAUGGAAUAACUGAAAUCCUCGUUCAUUAUAUAUUUAUGUUUGUAAUUAAUUAUUCAUGAUUAUUGUCUUCAUUUACUUAUUUUUUUACAAAACUCUUGAAUACUUGUGGAACAUUUGAAAAAUAAAUAAAUAAGGGAAUAACAACAACAUAUCAAUGCUCAUUUAUACAGCUAUGCUUAUGUACAGUAUUAUAUUAACAUAAUAUAAAAUGAAGCAAUAAUGUCUCUGAAAGUUUGAAAGAAACAAUCUAUUGCUUGUUGGUGUGUAAUUUUUGCUUGUACAUACACAAAGCAAUAGUUUAAAAGACAAAGCUAUGGAUUUCACUGACAUAUUUCCUGCUCUUGUGGAAUGUUUCAUCAUUAUUCUAUUUGGGUAUAUAUCAGGAAGGAUGAAUAUUAUUACCCCAAAACAAGGACAAGGGCUUGGAACAUUUGUUGGAACCUUUGCACUUCCAGCUCUUCUUUUUAAAAGCAUGGUAGAAUUGGAUUUCAGCACUGUUAGUUGGGCAUUCAUGGUUGCUGUGCUUUUAGGAAAAGCGAUUGUGUUUUUGCUCGUUUUCUGUUCAUCUCUGAUUCUUCUGAAAGAUAGAAGAAAAUUGUCUCGCGGAUCACUGUAUGCAAUAUUUACAACACAAAGUAAUGACUUUGCCUUAGGUUAUCCUUUAAUCCAAGCUGUAUAUGGAAAUAGUCAUCCAGAGUUUCUCCAAUAUAUAUAUCUUCUUGCACCCAUAUCCUUACUGGUAUUGAACCCAAUAGGUUUUAUGUUGUUGGAAAUUGAUAAAUGUCGUAAUAAUGAUGAGGAAUAUAUGGUGGUCGAUGGAAGUGAGAUGACUGACGAUGAAGAAAGUAAAACUGUACAGGUCGGUACAUCAAUAAAUGUUGUUGAUGAAGAUGUAGUCAAUGGUGGCAAUUCUGAGUUUGAGGAGGAAGUGUACGAAGAAAGCAAAUUCACAGCAAAAACCUGUUUGAACGUUAGCAAAGGUGUAUUUUUAAACCCAUUGGUUUUUAUGGUAUUCAUUGGCCUUGCUGGACACUUUAUAUUCAAUGGAAAACUGCCUAACAUAAUCAGUUUAACUUUGGGAACACUAGCAAAUGCUUUUUCUGGUGCUGCCUUGUUUUACUUAGGACUUACAAUGGUUGGAAAAAUAAGUAAACAACAAGGAAUUAACCUUCUUAUUCCUAGCUUAUUGAUUGUUGCAAAAAUACUCAUUCUUCCUAUCAUAAUAAGAGAAUUUGUUUUGAUUUUGAGUAAUGUUUUGCCUGUUUAUCGACCGGGUCAUAUUCCUAGGAAUUCAACAAAUAUGACAGACUAUGUUCAUCUUAUGGCGGAUUUUGGAUAUUUAUAUGGAACAUUUCCAACUGCACCCACCGUCAUUAUUUAUGCCUCACGAUAUGGAAUGGAAGUAGAUCGUCUCGCAGCUGGAAUGGUUUUUUGCACUUCUUUAUCUGCUCCUAUCAUGUAUGUCAGUGCAUGGACAUUGUCAAUGAGUCGUAUGACAGCUAAAUUUUUUGAAAACGAAGUUCGAAUAGUUGAUAGAAACAUAAGUAUCGUCACACUGUUUUGUUCUGUUUGGUGCAUUGUAAUUUUUAUUAUUGGAAGAAAAUUUCUCAAAGUUCCACAUAUUAUAACAACAUCAUAUUUAUUUGCAAUUUUUUUCUCGUCACUGGGUACUAUAUUAUGGUACUACUGUAGAGAACAAAGCUCAAAACCAUCACAAAUAUUUUUGUUUGGAAUGAUGUAUUUUGGAGUAAAGAGUUCCAGACUCUUAACAGCCUCUAUGGCACUGGCUUUGGUUGCAGUGCUGUCGAAGGGUCAAACAUGGCUGUGGAGCACAUGCAUAUGGUUCAUUAUUCUACCAUUUGUGAUGUCAUUUUUUACUACUGUGGGUUUGAUGGCGAGUGCCGAUAUGAAUACCAAUGACAAUGUUUUUGCAUAUGGAAGGUCACAAGAUAUUGCAUCUUUUGUGAUUAUAGUUUUGUCCUUUGUUAUUACAAUUAUAUGCCUUAUCGUAGUGUUCAAAACAGCAAAUAGCUAUGAAAACAUUGAUAAUCAAAGUCAGUUGUCUCUUCUUUUGCCGAAAUCAGACAUUGAGAUCUCAUAUUCUGAUGAUGAUAAUGCUUCAAUAAGAGAAAAUGAGGGAAAAGUAUGUUUUUUCAAUACAAGAUGUAAGUUUGGGGAUAUCCAAAAAGGUCGACAUAUUGUUCUGUUACUUCUUUUGUCAUUAUCAAUGUUUAUUGGAAUGUGUCUUGUAAUGUGGAGAUUGGUAAGAGAUGAAGAAGAAGGCAUCUAUUUUGAAGUUGCUUUCCUGGACAGUGUGCUCAAUUUUGGACAAGGAUUUUUUGUGUUUUGUGUGUUUGGUUUUGAUUCUGAUCUUAUCAUUGAUCCUUUCGUGAGACUUUGGAGAAAGUUAAGAUAUGGCGCUGAAGAUAUAAGCUUGCCAGAUUUAAAAACUGUUGAUAGAGAAACAUUGCAUAGAUGUCUACAAUUUGUAAGAUAUCACUUAGAUGAUUGCAAAAUGGAUAUUGUCAAGGAACAUCGAUCAGGACUUCUGGCUUAUAGUGAAGUAUUCACAGGAACUGAACUUUGUACAUGGCUUAUUAUUCAUGGAUUGGUCGAUGAUCGUUCUGAAGCUCUCAUAUAUGGCCAAGAUUUGCUGACUGGUCGUGUUUUAUAUCAUUUCAACAAAAAGCAUUAUUUUCAUGACCAUAAUUAUUUGUACAAAUUUGAAGAACCCAAAGUAUGUUUUCGAAUUGUUAAAACGGAUUCUAGACAAAACAGCCCAAAUAUUGAUCCAGUUGUUAGGAAUUCUCCAAUCUCGACAAUGCCAUCAUCUUCUACUCAAAUACGCAUAGUGAGUCCUCCUAAAAUCCUUACUCCCCUCAAGAAACAAUAUCACGGGUACAGCUUUGAAGCGUUCAUUAGCAUAAGUGAAGCUGAACAAUUUCCAGAUACCAUGCGGAGAACUCCACCAGUGAUAGCUCACUCCCCCAUUACUGAUAUGUCAUUGAUAUCCGUUAACAACAAUUCAAAUCUAAGUGAUUCAUCGGCAACAGGAGAUACAUAUGAAAGUACUUCAUCACUGCAUGUGAGACGCCCAAAAAAACAGAAGACAUUACUCACAAAAAAGAUAAGGGUGAAAUCAUGGAACAAUAGAUCAGGUAAUCAUUCAGACUCAUCCUUUUGAAAACCUACAUUAGUUUAUCAGUAGUACUCUUUAUUUGAUAGGGUAUUCAUAAAAAUGUGUUUUCAGUAAAUGAAUGAAUUUUUUGUAAAAUUUCCGAUUAUGAGAUUAUGGUAUUGCUUCCAAGACCACAAUUAAUUUCAAGCUUUGCACUUUGUUUUUUAAGGUGUUUCAUGGAAUCAUUAUGUGAAAAACUUACAUAGAAUAGAAAUUGUCACUGUACUAUUUCUCUGAUAAUCCUCCUUUGAACAUAGAUAUUCAUCUAUUAUUUUUACCAGCCACUCUUACAGUCAUUAGAUUACAGAGCAUACUGUACAACCCAGACACCACUGUAGCUCGAUUCUGAUUAUUGUCUCACUCAGUUUGGCAAGUUCUUUUUUGAGGGGUAUGAACUUUUUGUGUCUUUCAACCUUUUCAAUCAUAGAUAGGUAUCAAUUUAACUUAUUUUGUAAAAAAAAACAAUAACAGCCAAGAUGUUCUUCUGACUUGACAAUUUUCCUCUCACCAGUGCAUGUAAUCAAUUCUGUAUGUUUAGUAUCACAUAGUACAGUGAUAUCGCAAAUAUUUUUGGUGAGUAUAUCUGCUGAAAAUUGUUUACAGCUGGGUUUACCAAUGCAUCCAAAAUCAAAAUAUUAGAGCCAACCAUGUUAUUCGUCUGUUAAAUUUCACCAUGAUGAUCACCCUUUACUAUUCUGUGUAAGAUGAAUUUUCAAAAUUUUAAGGACUUUUUCAAAUCUUGCCAGUUUUCUUCAAUUUUUGUUCCACAUCUCUUUUAUUUUCUUACCUUGAAAUAAUGAAAUUGUUUAUUUAUCCUUUCUUGUGGCUGUAACAUACAUGGUCAUACUUUAUUAUGCUAACUUGCUGUCACUUGCCAUGAUGCAUCAAUUUAAUAAUAUAAAUUAAAAGUAUUAAAAAUGUCCUGAUAGAAGUUGCAAAUUAUUUUCACAUUAUCUGUUUUAUAUUCAUUUAGAUACCAUAUUUUUGCAAAUUGAAAGUUUACACAUUCUCUCACACACACCAGUAUCCUUCCUACUAGUUUUGUAUAAUUCUUCAAAGAAUAGCACCAAAACAUUUUGAAAAUUUUACUUGGACAUAAUCUGUCACAGCGUGCUGAUUAAAUACACAAAUGAGAUUUUUUUGAAAUGCAUAAUUCUUGUCCUAAUAAUUAGACUUAUUGGAAAGUUCUGUUUUGUUUCAAAUUUAUCUACCUGUAUUAUGUAAUAAUGCAGUAAUUUAGAAUCUGGUUCUUGUACUCAUUUCCACACAAUUCAACUUCAAUUUUGUGUCUUUGUUAUACAUGAUGCGGAUGCCUAAAUAUUUUAAAUGAUGACAUGUUUAUUAUUUAUGAUUUGAAUAUUCUAUUAUUCCAACUAACUUACUAUGCACCAAAAUCAGAACUUAACAUGACAAUUUAUACAGCAGUCAGUGCACAUCCAAUAUUUUUAAUGACGGAAUUCUCUUUUUUAAAGUGGUCGUUUUAGUUUUGUUUGUUUAUUCUGUUGCCUAAAGAUGAUAUGUUUUAGCACCAAUUAUCUGUUGUUUGUUUUGAUCCCGGCUUAUUAUCCUCCAUUAUGCUUCAGAACUUUCUUAUUUAAUAUGGGUUCUGCCCAAUUUGUUGGUGACUGAAUUUUAAAUUGAACCAAAACGCUUUAACUACCUAUUAUUAUAAGUUAUUUUCUGGUCAGAUUCAUUUAAUGUCACAGAAUGCAAAAAUUUUCCAACCACGCUAGAGCAUGGAAAUUAAUGAUAUCUUGAAGAGAAAGUGAUUCAUAAUUUCAGAUUCCAUUAUCCACUUUCCUAAAUCAAAGACAAACGUUUGAUCUCUUUAUAUGUGCCGCAUCGUUAGUGUAUUGCAUCUGUGAUUCUAAACACGGUUUCCCUUGACUUGCUCCCCAGUGGUAAUAAGCCGCGCGCAUAUGGCAAUUUGAACAUUAACUGUUCUGCAUUGCUAUGUUUAUGGGCGGGCAUAAUGUGAUUCACGACUCUAAAGCGCGGCGCGCGUUGGCAAACCACGCUUUGUAAAAUAAAUCAGUACUUCACCUCAAAAUAAUCAGGUGUGAGUGCACGACAUUUUUCCUCUGUCAACAAAACACAUAAAAUUUAUAUUGUGUGCGCCUUGGUUGUCGGUCUCCAGUAUCCAAUAGAUAAAGUUUUUAAUACGUAAUUCAGAUUAAUAUCAACUUUUUAUUACAAGUUUGAAUUUUUUAUUAUGUGCUUCCUAUUUUUUACACUGUAUUGAAUAAUUACUUAUUACUGUCACAGCCUAUAUACUUUCUCAUGUUGCGAGUUUGAGUUGCAGUUACCCAUCUUUUACAUUACAGGCCAUACUUUGUUAUUGUGAAUUAGUCUCAAUUAUUUGCAUUUUUUAUUUGUGGUGCUUACGAUAUAAUAUAUUGUGAACGUUGAACGUA